AUGUCUCAGACGCUUGGGUUGACUCGACUUGCCUAUUCACGAGUGUGGCAUCAAAUUUCCGCCUCCAAGCCCCACGAGACCCUUACAACCCAGCCCAACGUCACACCGCCAUCUUUGGGCCGGUUAGCAUCUCGAAUCGCCGUGCUGCUCAUGGGCAAGCACAAGCCGAUCUGGGACCCUUCGACGGACUGCGGAGACUAUGUCGUCGUGACGAAUUGCGCGGCGCUGCACACUACCGGCCGGAAGAUGUGGAGGAAAACAUACUACAGACACACCACGCGACCGGGAAGCUUGAAAGAGCUCACGAUGGACGCGCUCAUGGAGAAGCACGGAGGUAGCGAGGUUUUGCGAAAGGCUGUACGGGGGAUGCUGCCGAAAAACAGGCUACGAGACAAGAGGCUUGCGCGAUUGAAGGCUUUCGAGGGCGACGCCCAUCCGUACAAGGACAACUUGGUGCGGUUCGGAGGCGUUGUGGUUGGCAGCGAAGGUUGGCAGGAAGCAGUGGAGAGGAUCAGAGAGUCUGACAAGAAGCGGUUAUGA